ACUAGCACCCAGAACAGAAAUCCAUACAAAAGAAGAGUUGGCAACAUUGUUUUUAGUGUUACACUCACCGUUGCGAACACAGCAGAUGAAUCCUGUAUUACGAUUGAGCCAAUUCAUUGCUAAAAGUCGACUCUAUCCUCAACGAAAUUUGUCGAUACAAAAGGACGACAAAAAUCGGACUGAUGUUGCAAAGGAUAUUCCGAUGGAUGAUUUGACAGAACCGACCAAUUGCUGUAUGUCGGGAUGUGCGAAUUGCGUAUGGAUUCAAUAUGCGGAGCGAUUGAGUAGCGCAAUAGAAGCAGUCAAUGUGGAUUUACAGAAGGCCAUCUUGGAGAAAGUACAGGAUCCUAACAUGAGGGCGUUUCUUAUGAUGGAGCUGAGAUGCCGAAAGUUGAUAAAGUAGUGCGAGCACAUCAUUAUUGAUCAUAAUAGUAGUAACAAAAAAUUUACCUCUGCACUAAAA